AUGGGCUGUCUCACGGCAGUGAUGCUACCACAUGCCGAACCAGCCGGUAUCCUCAGCAUCAUCAGUGUCAAGGGCAACCGCGCGCGGGGAGAUGGUUUCCUGAGUUGGCAGAUCUCCACGCACCUGUGGGCCUCGGAUGAGGAGUUUCUGGUUGUCACUCUUCGUCGCUUGAAAGGGCCGUAUGGCGCUUGUCUGCGUGCGCGAGUCUGUGUUGGGGCUGUGAGAGGGGUUUUCGCUUCGGUGGCGAAGUUGUCCGAUGAGGGAGGUUAA